GCCUGCUCUUCCGGGUGCCGAACAAAAGAGCCGGACUGGGUCGGUGCUCUUGCUGCUUCGUGCUUCCGAGAAGAUAAACACGUCAGAUUCAAAACAUGGGGAAGAAACACAAAAAACACAAGUCGGAAAAGCAUACAUACGAAGAGUACGCGGAGAAGCCAUUGAAGCUGGUGCUCAAGGUCGCGGGGAACGAGGUGACGGAGCUGUCCACAGCCCCCCCCAGCCACGAAGCCAGCAGCCCCCCCGAGGAGAAGGCCGACCAUGACAAGCACAAGGACAAGAGGAAGAAAAAGAAGAAGAAAGGCGACAAGGAGAAGCACAGCCCCGUGCCAGCGGGGGAAGAGAGGAAGAGGAAGAAGAUGACCAAGAGGAGGAAGGGCCAGGACUCGCUGGACACUGACCCGGACGAGCAGGAGAGGAGCCAGACCCCUGUGAGAGCUGAGGUGCCCCAGGACAAGCACGUCGGCACCCCCAUAGCCCAGAUGGAGGAAAAGGAGCUCUCUCCCCUCCAGGAAGCCCUCACUCAGCUCAUCAGACAGCUCCAGAGGAAGGACCCCAGCGCUUUCUUCUCUUUCCCAGUGACAGAUUUCAUUGCCCCAGGGUACUCUCUCAUCAUCAAGAAGCCUAUGGAUUUCAGCACCAUGAAGGAGAAGGUGAAGAAAGAAGAGUAUCAAUCUCUGGAGGAGCUCAAGGCGGACUUUAAAAUAAUGUGUGAAAACGCAAUGAUAUACAACAAGCCAGAGACCAUUUACUACAAAGCUGCCAAAAAGUUGCUUCACUCUGGAAUGAAAAUCCUGAGUCAGGAGAGACUCCAGAGCCUGAAGCAGAGCAUUGAGUUUAUGGCUGACCUGGAGCAGCCCAACACGCCGAAAGAGCAGGGACAGGCUGUGAAGGAGGGAGACUCCACCUUGGACCAGCCGAAAGAUCCAGGGGAGCCUAUGGACACCACCGAGCCCACAAAAUCGCCAGGCAGAAUAACCAAGGACAGCAGGAGGCAGGACAGAGACUCCAAGGACGACGUGCUGAAGGGGGGUCUUGUGCCGGAGAAAGAGCUGGAGAUGAUCCAGAAGCUCGUCGAGGACUCUGGCGGCAGGCUGAGCAGCAGGGAGGUUCAGAGCCAGCUGCAGUUUGAGAGGCGGAAGACUGAUGGGACCACAACCCUUGGAGUCCUCAACCCUGCAGACCUGUCGGCAGGAGAACCCGGGUACUGCCCUGUGAAGCUGGGCAUGAUGACAGGCAGGCUGCAGACUGGCAUCAACACGCUACAGGGUUUUAAAGAGGACAAGCGGAACAAGGUGACUCCAAUCUCAUACAUGAAUUAUGGGCCAUUCAGCUCUUACGCUCCAAUUUAUGACUCCAGCUUUGCCAACAUCAGCAAGGAAGACUCAGACCUGAUCUAUUCCUUCUAUGGAGAAGAGCCCAGUCUUCAAGGCUCAGAGAGCAUUCAGGAGUUUCUUUCCAAGGCGGGUGAGCAUGUGUGCCACGCAACAGACAGUUUUCUGGAUGCCCUGACCAAUGGAGAUCACUCCAGGAUGCUGAAGGAGAUGGAAAUGGAGGGCGAGGAGCAGACGGACGGGCCUGAAGCAGCGAGCGAUGCGGAGAUAAUCGACCCCGAGAACAGCAGCAGGAGCAUCCUCACUGCCCUGAGCUCUGUGGUGGGCUUGGAUCUGGAAGGGCAGACAUUUGACUCUGAAGGUAAAGAGCUGAAACCCUCAGAGGCCAGCCUGUUCCAGAAGAAGCUGGAUGAGACGACGCUGUUGCUGCGGGAGCUGCAGGAGGUCCAGAACGAGAGGCUCAGUGUCAAGCCACCCCCCAACAUCAUCUGCCUGCUGGCUCCCAGUGCCAGGGAGCUGCAGCUGGCCGAGAGGGUGACGGGGAACCUGAAGGAGCUGGCAAGUCGGGUGACCCCAGGCGACAUCACCUGUCUGUACGGGAUCAGGAAAGCCAUGGGCAUCUCCAUGCCAACUGGGCUGCUGGACGACAGUCUUACAGACCUCACCACAGAUGCGUCAGAAUCUGUGGUUGGCUUUACUGCCAGUCAAGAGGAGCUGUCAGUAGGAGCUGUGUAAACCAGCCCAGUAACCAGUUACACUAAGGGACAGAUGUCUUUUCCAAGCCUGGAACAUUUCAUUUGAGUUGCUGUAUAGAGGAUGUUUUUGCUCGACGUUUGUAUGCUUUUCUACACAAUAAAUUUCUUAGAAUAGCCGUU